AUGAAGUCUACACUUCGACUGUUGGCCAAUGUAAAGCCCCGGUACCUGGAGCCUUUUGCUCCAACCGGAUUGACUGGCCUCUUCACCCACCCGAGCCCCCGGCCGACUUUGAUCUUUCUUUACACCAACACCCUCCAGAAGCUGCAGUCCUUCCCCGAAUCAUCUGCCUAUCGCCAGUCUGUCGAGGCAUUGACCCGUCACCGACUUCAGAUCGUUGAAUCACAGAAGCCCCCCGGUUUCGACACGUGGUUGGAACGCGCAAAGAAGACCAUUGGUGCCGAGCCUGAGCGUUUCGCCCAGCUCCAGCUUAAGAACGGCGCAUUCGCCUACGCAGCUUCGCAGGAGCGAGACUUUAGCGACGAGGCCCGUGGUAAGGAGUGGGAUGGUGAAAGUCUAUCCGCCACAACCGAGGGUCCUACCCGUACCCCAGAAGAAGAAGCCGAGUGGAUUAAGAUCAUUGAGGAAGGUAGCGAGUCAGCUGAGAAUGAGACCGACUUCCACGAGGUGUCUAUGAAGUGGGAGAGUGAGCCUGCCCUAGAGGCUGACCAGAUUGCCGAGAUUGAGCAAAAGAUCGGUGCAGGUCUCAUCGAGGAGAUCAUUCAGGUUGCCGAGUCUGAAUCCAAACUCGUGGAUGAGCUGUACAAGGCUAAGGUCUGGGAGGAGCUUGAGGAGAAGCCCGCACCUGGUCAGUGGACCUACUUUGAGCGCGGCAACUAA